CACAGGCUCCGUUGUGUGUGACAAAGUUGAGGAAAAAGGGGGCGAAUCGUGGAGGGAACAGGGCCUGACCCCAUCCCAAGAGAUAUUUGAAGGAGGCGACAGUUUUUGUGGUUCGAAGAUUGUAGUGGACCGGUCUGAUAUCGGUCUGCUCCUUUUAAAAUCGUGUAUGAUCUCAGCGUUAAGAAAAGAAACCUAAUUUGGGUUUGAAGUUCCAUAUUUCAGUUCUUCAGUAGCCUAAAGCUUAUGAGUUGUGGCUCAGAUAACUGAGUGGAAUAUUUUUCUUUGUUUCAAAGUUGAUGACAUACUACAUUCUGGGGCUGUAAGUGUAUAGAGCAAAUGUCCUUCCGCAGUAUAGUUCGUGAUGUAAGGGAUGGGUUUGGGAGCUUAUCGAGGCGGAGUUUUGAGGUGAGGCUUCCUGGCCAUCAUAGGAAGUCUCAAAGCUCAGUACACGAGUUGCAGGACCAAGCUCCUGUCAUACAGAACAGCCGUUGGGCCAGCCUUCCGCCAGAGCUUCUUCGUGAUGUUAUCAAAAGAUUGGAAACAAGUGAGAGUACCUGGCCUGGCCGUAAACAUGUAGUUGCUUGUGCUGCUGUGUGCAAGUCCUGGAGAGAAAUGUGUAAAGAAAUUGUGAGCAGUCCAGAGUUCUCUGGGAAGAUUACUUUCCCUAUUUCCCUUAAGCAGCCUGGAUUCAGGGAUGGAACCAUCCAGUGUUUCAUCAAGAGGGACAAAUCUAAUUUGACAUACCAUCUGUUCCUUUGCCUUAGUCCUGCACUGCUUGUUGAAAAUGGAAAGUUUCUUUUAUCGGCUAAAAGGACAAGAAGAACUACGUGCACAGAGUAUAUUAUAUCAAUGGAUGCAGAUAACAUAUCAAGAUCUAGUACUAGGUACAUUGGAAAAUUGAGGUCAAACUUUCUUGGCACCAAAUUUAUAAUUUAUGAUACACAGCCUCCCUACAAUAAUUCUCAGCUGUCUCCACCUGGCCGAAGUCGUAGGUUUUAUUCAAAAAAGGUUUCCCCAAAAGUCCCUAGUGGCAGCUACAAUAUUGCUCAGGUCUCUUAUGAGCUUAAUGUGCUAGGUACUCGUGGACCUCGUCGAAUGCACUGUACCAUGUACUCAAUCCCCACAUCAUCUCUUGAGCCGGGUGGCAUUGUCCCAGGCCAACCUGAGCUUCUUCCCCGCUCCCUUGAGGAUUCGUUCAGAAGUAUAUCCUUCUCAAAAUCAAUUGACAAUUCGACUGAGUUUAGCAGCUCUAGGUUCUCGGACAUAAUGGGUCCCGGAAACGAGGAGGAGGAAGGCAAGGAGAGACCAUUAGUUCUUAAGAACAAGGCACCAAGGUGGCAUGAGCAGCUGCAAUGUUGGUGCCUAAACUUCCGGGGGAGGGUGACAGUUGCAUCUGUAAAAAAUUUUCAGCUGAUUGCAGCAACUUCACCACCUGCACCGGGUGGCCUGACACCAGCACAGCCAUCGCAGCCUUCGCAAUCUGAUCACGACAAGAUCAUUCUUCAGUUUGGCAAGGUUGGCAAGGACAUGUUCACCAUGGAUUAUAGAUAUCCCCUAUCAGCAUUUCAGGCUUUUGCCAUUUGCCUGACCAGCUUCGACACAAAACUGGCAUGUGAAUAGCGACAUGAGAGAGAUAUGGUAAGGAACAAAAAAUAGAAUUCAAUCUUUACAUUUAGGUAUUUAUAGGAUGAAGAAGUAUGCAGUUGUUGUACAACUCAUAGUUAAAUAACUGUAAAGUACAGGACACUGCUCUUGCUUUUCUUUUGCUCUCCUUUUUGGUUUCGUAUGCUUUAAUCUGCCUUUGUCAAACUCUGUUCUUCUUGUUGUAUGGUCCAUGGGGAUGAAGGUGUAGACUCCCAGUUUGUGUAUAGAAAAUUUAGUUGCAAAAUUUGUGUUUUUGGUC